AUGGCAUCAUCUCAAGACUCCCACUCCUUCCAUUGGCAGUUCUCUGAAAUUCGACGACAACGAUUUCCAAAUCGCGGCCAUACACUCUUCUUCGUCAUCCUUCUUUUCACCAUCAUAGUUAUAGCUACACUUUUUUUCCUUUACGCUCGCUGGAUCAACAAGUUCCGCUCUCCAUCAACCACAGAUCCUGUUGGGAGUGGUACUUCAGUUCAUACGCCUCCGCCUGCACCACAAGGUCUUGACCCGAUUUUUAUUAAUGACUUGCCAAUUAUACUGCACGCAACUUGUUCGGGUAGUAGCACAGUAAUUGAGUGUUGUAUUUGCUUGGGAAUAUUCAAGAUGGUGAUAAG